CUGAAUUAAUUUUUUUUUUCACAGGAAAAGCUAUGAGCUACAAUCAGCUCGUUUACGUAAAAUAUUUCUGAUAUCACAGUUCAUGUUUGCGGUCCACAUUAGAGGAAAUGCUAAACAGCACUCAACUGUAUGUAUUUUGCGAUUGGUAUAUUCCUUGUUCCGUAGCCUCUCCCCCGUUCUGUGUGGAAGGUAGAGACACUGAGGGAGAGCAGAUAGGAGGACUGCCUUAUCUUUGUGAAAGCCAAGGAACGAAGAUGGAUUCUGUUUACAUUAAACAGGAGGAGGUUCUGGAAUUCGAUCCUUUCCACAUUAAAGAAGAGACUGAACUGGAGCCUGUCCACAUGAAAGAAGAGACUGAACUGGAGCCUGUUCACAUUAAAGAAGAAGAGACUGAACAGGAGCCUGUCCACAAUGAAGAAGAGACUGAACUGGAGCCUGUCCACAUUAAAGAAAAGGAGUCUAUUGACUUGUUUAAGGAUUCCAAAAACAUAUCCCAACCGAAGUUAUCACAUAAAUGUACUGAAUGUGGGAAGAGCUUCAGUCAGUUAGGAAACCUAAAAACACACCAGAGAAUUCAUACUGGAGAGAAGCUGCAUAACUGUAUUGUAUGUGGGGAGCGUUUCAGUCAGUUAGGAACCCUAAAAAGACACCAGCUAAUUCACACUGGAGAGAAGCCACAUCAUUGCAUUGAAUGUGGGAAGAGCUUCAGUCGGUUAGGAAGUCUAAAAAGACACCAGCGAAUUCACACUGGAGAGAAGCCGCAUCACUGUACUGAAUGUGGAAAGCAUUUCAGUCAUCUAGAAAGCCUCAAAAUACAUCAGCGAAUGCACACUGGAGAGAAGCCGUAUCUCUGUUCUGAAUGUGGGGAAAGUUUCAAUGUGUUAGCAAACCUAAACAUACACCAGCGAAUUCACACUGGAGAGAAGCCGUAUCACUGUACUGAAUGUGGGAGGAGUUUCAGUCAGCUAGGAAGCCUAAAAAUACACAAGCGAAUUCACACUGGAGAGAAGCCGUAUCACUGUACUGAAUGUGGGGAGAGUUUCAGUGUGUCAGCAAACCUAAAUAUACACCAGCGAAUUCACACCGGAGAGAAGCCAUAUCACUGUAAGAAAUGUGGGAAGAGUUUCAGUCAGCUAGGUAGCCUAAAAAUACACCAGCGAAUGCACUCUGGAGAGAAGCCGUAUCACUGUACUGAAUGUAGGGAGAGCUUCGGUCAGUUAGGAAGCCUGAAAACACACCAGCGAAUUCACACUGGAGAAUAGCCAUAUCACUGUUCGGAAUGUAGGGAGCUUCAGUCAGUCAGGAAGCCUAAAAACAUCAGCAAAUUCACACUGGAGAGAAGCCGUAUCACUGUACAAAUUGUUGCAAGACAUUUGCUUACACCAGUCCAUUGAAAAAGUGUAAAUGCCAGUUUUUAAAAUGCAGUUGAAACUGACAGAAAUCAAUAUUCAGCAGUAUUACAACAGUCUUUGUUUUCGGCCCCUCCAGUCCAGGUCUUUGUUUCAACCAGAUUGUAAAUUAAUGAAUCAACCUUCUUAUAAAUCAUUCAGGACCUCAUUGGAAGUGAGGGCCACUGCUCUAUACCAAUCAAACCUGUGUGAUGCUCCAGUGAUAAUGUUUUUAAAGAAACCCGUUUCUGUGCCUACCUAAGGGGAUGUAAUUAUGCUUUAGUCUACAUGACAGAAUGAGUGUGUGCCAAAGCAGCUGUCAAAUGUUUGCUUGUAUUUUAAUCCUCAAAUGUAUUUGAUAAAAGUAUGUUGAUUUUUUUUUUAACGGUGUGAAAAAUAGUAAACUAUGUAAUCAUUGUGUUUUCAAUAAAAACAAUCUUCUUCUGUU